CUUCAGCUUUUAAUUCAAAGAAUAACGCAAUGAUUUUCAAGUUGUCUAUUGUGUUAAUAUAUUUUAUCGUAGCUGCUAGCUGUACUAUAACGGAACAACCUGAACCUUCGCCGAAAACUGACGAAGAGGUUAUACAAGAAUCGUUCGAUCAUUGCUUAAAAUGGACGAACAAUGGCAUAGACCCCACACCUGAUCAUAUUUUAACAGUGACACUGUUAACCUUUUAUUUGGGUGGUAACUCUUUCAAUAACCUUAAGGUCAUUGAUGAUUACUUCGUGGCGAAUCCAAGUAAAAAGGAAAACUUAGAAACAGCUGGUAUAGGUAAGAAACUAUAUGGUGACAUUUUUAAAUUCUUUUGCAAAAGUUAUCACUCUAUCUUGACAUUCCAAAGAUGCGCUGAAUCAAAAAAAAAUGCAAUGACAUUGACGACUCUUAAAGAAUUGAAAACAUUUUACCGGGUUAUGGCAUUUAACGCAAUCAAUUCUAAAUAA